AUGGCCACCAGGUCCGUCACCGCCAACUCAAGCGCCGAAGCCCCAUGGGAUCUCCAGCGUCUUCGUCAUGUUCAAGAUAUCAUUCCAGCGGCAAACUACGAGCUCGCGGGCGAGCUUACUAUCAUCUUCAAUGUCACUGAAUACGCCGUCCACUUCAUCAACUUGUUCCUCCUCCACCAUGCAGCCUACACUUUAAACGACGAGACACAGACGUUCCCUUACCCCUCGCGUGCGACCCUCUCGGGCUGGCUUAGGUCACUUCAAUACACGGCCGUGACGAUCACGUCGUGCAGCGGCUUCCGCCACUUUGUCGAGAUAAUCACCAAGGCUGUCCAGGCGGUCGCGCCGACCUAUUUGCAGUCUGUCCGACUGCAGUUCACCGUGAGCUUCUUCAAGGAAGUGAUUGGGGCACGUCAAGCCGCCUCCCGCGGCCUUACAACGGCCGCCAAGUACAAGCUCUUCGUCGCCGACGUCGAGGGUCUGGUGGCGCUGCCUAUGCGAGUGGAGGUCCUGAGCCUCACGUACACGGACGACCACAGAAGCAACAGCGAGGGAAUUUUGCUCCCUUCCUUCAACGUAUGGUCGCCAAAUGGGGUCCGUAUCUACGCCAUCUCGAACACUGUGGCACUUCGUCCUGUCCCAAUGUUCGCCAAAGAAGAUGAAUUCACGUUGACCCUCGAGUGGGACCGGCUUGAGGAUUUCGCCAUCGAGGAGCUCGACGACGUUAAGGCUAAUUGCCGUGCCCCCCACGACGAGGGGCUCGUCGACGCUAUCAACGAAGCUGCAAGCCAACCCCAGACCCUGCGCGAAAUGGUCAUCUUCAACAAUGUCCAUCACGACGCGCGUGUCGCAAGUUCCACUGGCCAGGCCGAAAAUGUCUUCACGCGGAGCAACAACACUGUUCCCCACUCGUGCGCCAGUGUAUACAGCGGCGUAAAGCACAUAUUCAACCCAGCCAUCCUCACUGCCGACGAGCUGAGUGUUUGA